AUCUUAGCAUGUAAUUUGUUUUAUUCUCUUUUUGUCUAUGUGCUACUUGUUAAAACAUUAGUCCAUUAUAUUUGAUGACAUCAAAUCAUUUUUCUUUUCACAUGGCAUCUAAUGGACAUUUGUUACUAAGUAAUUCAUUUAUUUAGGUACUCUUUUUUUUCAAUUCAACACUCUUUUUUAACAAAUAUAACUCCACUCAAACUACAUAUACAGCCCAUUAAUUUACAAACCAAGAAGCUUAACAACCCUGGUUUGUCUUUGGAUGUGCCUGUAUUCCGGCCCAAUGCCUCAAACGGAACUUGUUCGACUCACCACGCGCCGCCUUUGCCCCAACUGACGCGUCGCCGCCCGCCGCCACCGGGCAUUGCGCUGCCGCGUUGAGGGAGCUCGGCCGCCGCCUCGUGCCCUCGGCAACGGCAAUUGACUCCAAGCCGCCAUGAACCUGACCUGCUUGUCCACCAGCGGCGGCGGCGCUAGCUACCACUCGCCGGCGAGCCAUCUCCUGGAGUUGGAGGGGCUCCGCCUACUCCUCGACUGCCCCAUCGAUCUCUCCGCCCUCGCGGCCUUCUCCCCGGUGCCCCUCGUCGGUGAUGCGGGGGGCCUCAUCCGCGCAGUGCCGCGUUACUGGUCGCCGGCAGCGGCGGUCGCCGCCAAAGCAGGCGGCGUGGACUCUGUGCUCGUGUCGUCUGCGACGGGCAUGCUUGGACUUCCCUUCCUCACCCGGCUCCCCGGCUUCGCAAACACCAAGGUUUAUGUGACAGAGGUAGCAGCGAGGAUUGGAAAGCUAAUGAUGGGGGAGCUGGUAGAGUUGCACCAUGAGUUUGUGAGGUACUACGGGCCAGAUACGGACCGAUCACCCAAGUGGAUGGAAGGGGAGAAGCUCAAUGAACUCCUGCCAAUGUUGCCGAAGGCAGUGAUUGAAGAUGAGCGAAAGGAAUUAACUUCCUUGAUGCCUCUAUACAGUCGGGCAAACAUAGAAGAAUGCAUGCAGAAAAUCCAGACUGUCAAAUACGGUGAGGAGGUUUGCUUCAAUGGCAUCUUGAUGUUGAAAGCAUCUAGUUCAGGCCUGGAACUUGGCAAUUGUGCCUGGACAAUCAAAGGUCCAAGAGCUAGUAUUACCUACCUGCCAAACUCAGUAUUUGUGUCCGCUCAUGCAUUAGAUUUUGAUUACAGCUCUCUGAAGGAAAAUGAUGUGAUUUUGUUUUCGGAUCUCUCAUCUUUGAACUACAUGGAUGAGGAUAAUGAGAAACUGAAUGAGCAUGCAAUGGAUGAAACAGACUCUUUGCUGUGUCGCAACUCAGUGUUGAGGGAUGAUGGUGUUGAUGACGACGAUGAAAAGAUCCAAGUCCUGUGCAACAGUGAUGAUAUCACAGAGGAGAUUGAGAGAAUCAGCUUUGUAUGCUCAUGCAUCAUCGAUGCAAUAAAAUCUGGGGGCUCCGUUUUAAUACCAAUAGGCCGACUUGGUGUUAUUCUUUUACUUUUGGAGCUUAUAUCAGAAAUGCUACAUUCUUCCAGCAUGAAGGUACCCAUAUUCAUGAUUUCCGAAACAGCAGAAGAAAUAAUUGCUUUUACCAAUGCCUUGCCUGAAUGGCUAUGCAAGUCACGCCAAGAGAAGCUAUUCUCUUGCGAGGCACUAUUUGGCCAUGUGGAGCUUUUAAAGGAGGGCAACUUAUUUCCUUUCCCUCAUUUAUACUCAAAGGGCUUGCUGGUGGAAUGGAAGGAGCCAUGUAUUGUGCUUUGUCCUCACUGGAGCCUUAGGCUUGGCCCAGCUGUCCAUUUGCUUCGUCGUUGGCGAGCAGAUAGGCGAUGCCUUCUUGUUUUGGAGCAAGGAAAUGAUCCUGAGUUGAGUCUUAAGCCUUUCAUGCCCUUGGCAAUCCAAGUCCUUGAGUGUUCUUUCCUUUCUGGAGUAAAGGUGGCAAAAGUUGAUCCGUUACUGGGAGUGCUCAAACCGAAAUUUGUACUGCUUCCUGAAGGUCUUAAGUCACGGUGUCCAGUAAAGGAGAGGCCAUGGUCAUUCCUGUAUUACUCCAAGGGCAAAACCAUCGAGCUCCCAAAUUUACGGGAAGAUUUUGAGGUGCAUCUUGCAACUGAUGUUGCCUUCAGAUUGCAGCCUAGGCAGCUGGACGAGACCACCGCAGUAGCGAGAUUGAGAACAAAGCUCCUUGUAAGCAAUGGACGGUAUAUGCUGGCUGCUGCAGAGAAGCAAUCUGAUCAAUCAAAGCGGCACCGGCUACACUGGGGUGCUGUUGAUCCAGGCCGCUUACUGUCAGCCUUGCAAGACAAGGGGAUGGUAUGUUCGGUUGCUGCAGAUGAUAACUAUGCAGGUAGCGAACGCUCUAUCUUGAUAACAAGUCCAGGAGAUGCUCUGGUGAAGAUAACAUCGGAUAGGACUGCUAUAUACUGUGAUGAUGAGAAAACAUCCAAGCAUAUUUAUGAUGCACUAAGUAGUGUUUGUAAUGGAAUCUGAUUGCAUAACUGUUCGUCAUGAAAUUAUGUGAACGUGAAUCGCUAUGGAGUGAAGGUGAUGGGAGGGGCAACCCUGACACCCUCCAAAGUACCUCGCCGGCCACCCAUCUCUGGCCGUUGCC